AUUCCUCUUUGGCUUCUCUAGGGGUGCAUAUACCGCACGGAUGGUAGCCAUGUUUAUCGGUGCUAUCGGUGUUCUAGACCGCACCGACAUGGAUAGCUUUGCCAGUAUAUUUAUUGCAUACCAAAAACUUGGCAAAGAGACUGACCAAAGAGAGAUCGAAAAGCUCGACGCAUUGUUGAGCCACUGGACCUCCCCUGAUUCCCGGGGCAAGAGAAGAGCUCGCUCUGAUAAUAACACUUUCUCCAUAAAAUGUGUCGGUGUUUUUGAUACUGUCGGUUCGGUCGGUCUACCUGAAGAAUUAACGCAUAAGUCGCCUUCCACAAAAUCUAUUUUUGGCUUUCCCAACAACGAACUUGGGGAACAUAUUGAACGUGCAUAUCAUGCGCUUGCUAUCAACGAAACCAGACUAGACUUUGACUGCUGCAAAUUUGCGCAAACGGACGGCGGGCGACGGAAAGGGCAGAUUUUGAAACAGUGCUGGUUUUCUGGUGAACAUUCAGACGUCGGAGGUGGCUGGCAAAAACAUGACUUAUCUGACAUAACUCUUGCGUGGAUGAUGGCCAAUAUUGGUGACAUGUUGUCCAUUGAUACUGCAUACAUCUUAUCGCUAUCGGAUCCAGUGGCGCCUUGGGGAGAGCAGCCCCCACACGAUCCGCGCACCGGUAUAUUCGUAUUAUCGCAGGCAAAUGUCAGAAAACUUCCAACGGUCACGGAUGACAUCACGCACGAAACAAUCCACCCCUCUGUUCUCCGACAGAAACAUUCAAUUUCAUCCAAUCCCGCUCUUCUUUGCAACUUGCUACCUCUGGAGGAAGAGCUACAGAAGAAAUGGCCAUAUAUUGAAGGGAAACACGAUUUGAACCACCAGGUAAACGGAGUAGUACACACGCGAUCAGUCUCUUGGUCUUUCGGCUCGGCCAGGCAGGCAGACCGUGUGGGAACACACUCAGAUCGUGACGUCCCUGAAACACAAGUUACAACAUCUCAGACUACGGGUCAUGAUACAUCUCUGUUUGGAAGCCUCCGACACAUGUUGGGCCCGUUAGCGCAGUUAUGAAUAGCGAGUCUUUGUUACUGCUAUUUCAUGGAUUCGAAUUACGUUAAUCUUAUCAUAUAUAUACCAUGAUUUUCUAUAUGGAUUAUUUCACUCAACGCGCGCGCGGUGCAUGUACCAUGUUACGGUUGCAAGUAAAUGAGGUCGGAGCUUUGUACUAAUUUUAUGUGGCGUUCGGC